ACUAGGAUGAACAGGAUCAAUUUAUCCUCUCCCAUAGUGUUUACAAAAAGAGCGAAUGUCGUCACUCUCGCCAUCCAAUCCGGAACUUGAAGUGUGUCAUGUAAUAGAACUUGUUUCCACUCGGACACUUUUUCCAUUCAUUACUUAGCGGCAAUGGCAGCACUGAGGAAGGCACUCCAUGGACGCUUCAUUCAGCCCCUCCCCUUUUGCUUGGGGUCCUUGCGGUUUGCCAGCUCCUCUUUCAAGGCCUCCGACCUCACCAUCGAGAGGAACCCCUCGCUGAAGCCCAAACCCGACCCCUCAAAGCUGCUGUUUGGCAAGCAGUUCUCCGACCACAUGCUGACCAUCUACUGGACAGAGAAGGACGGGUGGCAGGUGCCGCAAAUCAAGCCCUUCCAAAACCUCUCCCUCCAUCCAGCAGCCUCUGCUUUGCACUACUCCAUAGAGCUGUUUGAGGGCAUGAAGGCAUUCCGUGGAGUGGACAACCACAUCCGUCUGUUCAGGCCCAUGCACAAUAUGGAUCGCAUGCACCGCAGUGCAGACAGGUGCUGCCUACCGCUCUUUGAUAAAGCGGAGUUGCUGGAGUGUAUUAGGAAACUGGUGGAGGUGGAUCAGGAGUGGGUGCCCUACUCCACAGAUGCCAGUCUGUACAUCAGGCCCACAUUCAUUGGGAUUGAGCCUUCGCUGGGUGUGUCGCGAGCUGGCCAUGCGCUCAUCUUCGUCAUCAUCGGCCCCGUUGGGCCCUACUUCACCACAGGAGCCUUCAACCCCGUCUCUCUGCUGGCCGACCCGGCCUACGUCCGGGCCUGCAGGGGUGGAGUGGGGGCCUACAAAAUGGGAGGUAACUAUGGCCCCACGAUAGCCGUUCAGAACGUGGCCAUUCAGCAGGGCUGUCAGCAGGUCUUGUGGCUGUACGGGGAUGAUGAGGAGAUCACGGAGGUCGGCACCAUGAAUCUCUUCAUCUACUGGACCACAGAGUCAGGAGAAAAGGAGUUACUUACUCCCCCUCUGGACGGCAUCAUUCUUCCAGGAGUCACUAGGCAGUCUCUGCUGGACCUUGCCCGAGAGUGGGGAGAGUUUAAAGUGACCGAACGCAAAGUUACAAUGAAAGACCUCAUUGACGGUCUGGAUGCUGGACGGAUCCUGGAGGUGUUUGGCGCUGGCACCGCCUGUGUCGUUUGCCCUGUAGGAAGCCUGCUCUACAGAGGAAAGACUUACGAGAUUCCUACCAUGAAGAAUGGCCCAGACUUGGCAAAGAGAUUCCACAAAGAGCUCACUGACAUCCAGUAUGGACGUACACAGAGCAAGUGGGCACCUCUGGUCGUUUGAUUGGCCCCUGCACGUGCCAGUCACGACUAUGACCAUUCUUCCAUAGGCAAAGGCAAAGAAUUUGUGCUCCAGCCCACUUCCCUUUCCACCCACUCACGCACUAUUUCUGAUUGGUUGGAUGACGGACAGGUGUUCUCAGAUGCCCACAGGUCACAGGUUGAAGCCUGUUUUUUUUAUUUUUUUUUAUUACUGUGUAUCUUUUUUUAAUGUAGACUUUUAAAGGGACUUGGGUACUGAUGCAUAUGAAUUUUACUCUUAUCACAAAGCAACCGCUAGAUGAAAAAGGUAUGCACUGCAGUGAAUGGGCCUCAGUUUGAUUAGAAAAUUUACAAUUGACUGAAUACCCCCCCCCCAAACCAUCCACUAUCUUCGCAGAGCACAACUAUCCCCCCCAUAGCCAGCGAAUAGCACACUUUACCAGAAGAAGCAAAGCUAACUCCAUAAACGCACAUAAGACUGGCCCACAUUCAUUACUUUUAUUUAGAUUCUGUUACUCAUGAGUCCUCAAAGGAAUAAACAAGGAAUAUAAUUGUAAAAUGUUGUGGAAACAAGGAAAUAGGUACUGUAGGAACUACAUGUUACUGCUUCACACAGGAAAAAAACAUUGUUUUUUUUUAAUGUAGACGUAAUGUAGUAGAUCUUUUGGUUACAUGAAAUGUACAGACUAACUCAAGUGUUGUCAUUGGGAUUCUGCUAUUUUCUAUGAUGCUAUGUUGACAUAGCUUUUUUAUGGGCCAGGUAAACAACUGUUAUAUCAUGCUGUAUUCAUGCUCACUCUGGUGGUUCUUUUCCCCCCUAUAAGAAGCAUAGACUGUUUGGUCAAAUCUGAGAGAAUGAGAGAGUGUCUGUAUGAGUGCAAGUGUGUUUGCAUGCUUUUUAGUGUUUGUCUCUGAGUUACUACCAUGACAAGUUGUUGUCAAACCAGCUUGAGAUUAAAAUGUAGAGGUCAAGACGAACCUGCACGCACAAAUAAAGAACUUGGAAUGGUAUGGAAGCUGCAUAGUACAGUGUGGAGAAAGACCACUUUUAGAUGCGCCGUCAGGAACACUACUGCACUAGGUUACGUGUCAUGUUAUGUGAACUUUUUUUGUGUCGACAGUACAGUGCAUAUUUGUUAGUACUCUUGUAGAAUGAUGGCAAAUAUUUUCUUGGAUUUUAACUUAUUGCAGUUUGUUUUUCUCUUUAAAUGUGCUUAAGUUUGGAACUCCUGUAUCUUUGUAUGUGUGGUUUGAUGUGGCUACCCAACAUGUAAUAGGCCCUCAUUUUUCUGUGUUUAUUCCGGUUUAUUCCUUACUUUUCUGUGCUAUUGUUUUCCAACAACACUCCAUCCUUCUCUUUCCUUGCCUUUCGAAGUGCCUGAUGGAAUAGGACGCAGUCUGUAGGCUUUUUUAGGAGCGUAUGCAUCUCCAAUGAGGGCUUUGCUGCUGAGUCUUUUGAGUGUUUGUACUGUACUAUUUGUUUUAUUGAGGUGUUGUUCUUAACUUUUGUUUUUAAACUAUUUUUACAAUAAAUAAAUGUGUCUCCUA